ACCAACUCUUCUUCUUCUUCUUCUUCUCUUCUUCUUUCUCAGCUUCAACACACAGUCUUCUGACUCUUCUCUACUCUAAAGCUUCAAUUUGUGAUACACUAAGAGUUUAAGAGCUACCAGAAUGUACGGACAGAGCGCUACUGACGCGGACUUCACACUCCUCGACUCGAUUCGGCGACACUUGCUCGGCGAGAGUAGUCAUAAUCCUGUGAGGAACUCCGGUGCCGGUCCGAUUUUCUUGCGGAGCUCCAGCUUCAGCAGCUUGUACCCUUGCUUGACGGAGAAUUGGGGCGAGCUGCCGUUAAAGGAGGACGACUCGGAAGAUAUGGUGCUCUACGGAGUUCUAAGAGACGCCGUCAGCGUCGGGUGGGUCCCCUCUCUCGGGUCUGGUGCUGCUGACGGUUGUGGAUAUGAGUUUCCUGUGAAAUCGGAGCCGUGGUCGUUUGACUUCGAGGUGAAGUCGGAGCCGCAGGAGGCGGAGGUGAGUAGAGCGCCGGAGAUGAAUUCGGCGGUUGUGGCGUGUCAGCAGUCUACGGCGGUUCAGGCGAAGCCGGCGGUGGUGGUGGCGUCGAAGGGGAAGCAUUACAGGGGAGUGAGACAACGGCCGUGGGGGAAGUUCGCGGCGGAAAUCCGUGAUCCGGCGAAGAACGGCGCCAGAGUUUGGCUCGGGACUUUCGAGACGGCGGAGGACGCGGCGUUGGCUUAUGAUAGAGCCGCUUACAGAAUGCGCGGCUCUAGAGCGCUAUUGAAUUUCCCGCUCCGGGUUAAUUCGGGCGAGCCCGACCCUGUUCGGGUGACGUCGAAGCGGUCGUCACCCGAACCGACCUCGUCUUCAGAGAGCGGUUCUCCGAAGAGGAGGAAGAAGGCUGCGGCUGCGGUAGCGGCGGUGGUGGCUCAAGCCGGAAUGGAAAUGGGGAGUGGGAUUGGGAUUGGGCAGCAACAAGUGGGAGGGCAAGUGGGGAUGUCGUGUACGCGUGGAGAGCAGUUAUUGGCGGUUUGAUGGUGAGGAGUGUGAGCUGGGAAGCAGUACACUUGCACAUUUGUAAAUUACCUGAGAAAUGUAAAAUGUAGGAUUUCAGCUUUUUCACUUUUGGGUUUCCAUGAUUUUAUGGUUUUGUUUCUCAAAAAUGAGAAAAGAAAAUGAAGAACAAUAAGAGGGAUAUUGGUUGGGUUUUAUCACUUUAAUUAUGAGUAAGGUUUUUGGGUACUGAAAUAUGUGUUGCUGAAGUAUUAAAAUUCGAAACUGAAAAAUUACAGUGAGCA